AUGAUAUUUAAAGACUCUCUUGUGUAUCCUUCAUGCCUUCCCAAAAAUAAGACAAGAUGGGCCAGGCUGUGGAAAGUAUCCUAUGGAGGCUGGUUGAAGAUAGUGACCGGCUCCAUCUUAACGGCUUAUGUGGUCUUUUGUCUUGAUGAUGGGAUGGUGCUGAUGAGCAAACAGGUGCCACCAAGGUUUAUGUACCCCAAAGAGUGGCAGCACCUCAUCAUGUUCAUCCUCCUCAUCCUCAAUGGCUGUGUAGAUGUCAUGAGCAAGAACUUGCUACCUCAUCGGUGUGUGGUCCUGGAAAAAGGAACCUUGGUUUUGAGCUUCUACGAGCUCCUGCUGCUGAUGGUGUCACAUCUUCAGGGUUCAUCGGGGGUGGAGCUGCAAGUCCACUCUCUGCUCAUCCUGGUGGUGUUUCUGCUGAUGCUGGUGCUGACCGCAGAGCUGUGGGCUCCUGACAUGUUUCACCUCUUGGUGAUGGAGACCUUUCUCAUUCUGAUGGUGGGCUCCUGGCUGAUGCAGGUGGGCUUUAUUCUAUACAGACCAGUCUCUGGCUACCCAUGGCAGGACGAUGACAUCAAUGACAUCAUGUUUGUCACCACCUUCUUCUGCUGGCAUUUGAUGAUCAACGCCUCUUGCCUGUUGGGAAUCUAUGGCUUCUCCUUUUUUUGGCAUCGUUGUUACAGUCCCAAGUUGAAGCUGAUGACAUCCAAAGAAGCUCCAUAUCACACAAGCACUCCAGGACCCCUCUACAGGUUGCUGCAGGAAGUGGAGCAGUCAGAGAAAGAUGACCAGGCUCUCCUUUCAACGAGCUCCACCUGA